AUGGAGUCCAUAAAUGUUGUGGUCGAUGAUGUCCAAAAUCAAGCAGAUGUCACAGAAGAUGUCGGAACACUCUGGGAUAUUACAGCUGAAGGAUCUACAAGAGAAGAUGACUGCGCCCCUACUGUCACAAAAUCUGAGACUGAACCUCCUAUUAAGAAUCCUUCUAUAAGAGUUCAAAAAAAUCAUCCUAGUGAACUUAUUAUAGGAGAUCUCAACAGUGGAGUUACUACCAGGUGUGGGGCCAACAUUAUUUCUCUCUCCAAAUAUUUGCUAUCAUUACACAUUAAAGCUUACUUUCCCUCUCUUUCACAAUUUGUCCAAACGGUUGCCAUUCCCUCAAAACUUUUCUUCAGCACUCACGCUACCUCACUGUGUCGUUCCAUCCACAAAGAUUUUCCCAGCAUUCCCUUUUCUCUCACCAUGUCUCAAAGUUCUCCCUCCAAGAUAUCGUCUCCUCUUUCUGAAACAGCAUUAGGAUCUAGGGCACCAGCUGUGGUGAGUGAUCAAGAUGUCGUGUUGAAUGUUGCGCCAUUGAACUCUGUUCCGGCUAACUACCCUGUUCGUAGAAAGAUGCAUGCAAGAAAAUCGACCGGUGGUUCUGUUCCAGAAACCUUUUCUGUUCAGGGUCGAGAGGGCUCUGCUUAUGUUCACAAUGCGAUCGCAGGUAUUGUCACAAGAAUCUUGAAUGAAGGGCACGAAGUUCCUGGAAUAUCUGUUCCCCUAGCCCAGAUUCCUGCCUCUAAGAGCGACAAAGAUGAUCAAGAUGCUGCCCACAAAGAUCAAGAAAAUGUUGAGACAAAUGUUGAUGAGACUCCUGUUGCCAAAGAUGUUGAGACAUCUGAAGAUAUCAAUGUUGAAACAUCAGGUACUAAAGAUGCUGAGAUUCCUGAACAUGAGAAAGCUGAAGAGGUUCCUGUUGCUCCUUCCAAAGAAACCCUUAAUGAAGAUCCUAUUGUGCCUGAUGUGGUGAAUCUGGAUGAUUCUAUUGACAUUGCUGAUGAUGAGCUCAUCUCUAGCAUCUCUCAUAGAGUCAAGACUCGUAAGGGCAAACAGGUUUGUGAUCAAGAUUUCUCCAAAACAAAGGUUACUCCUCAAAAGAAGGUCACUAUAAAGAAGGUCAAGGAGGUUCCUGCUGAACCUUCAAUCACUGGGAGCAAAAGUUCUGUGAAGAAGAGAAAGGAAAGAAGUGUUUCUGCCCCUGAAGAUGAUGUCUUAAGUGAUGUCCCUGACAUCCUAUCCAAGAAAAAGAUUGCUGUCAAAAAGUCCUCCACAAAGGUUCGUGAUGUUCCUUUGGACAACAUUUACUUGCACUAUGCCUCCAAUGCCAUCCAGUGGAAAUUUGUCUACCAAAGAAGGCUGGCUCUAGAAAGGGAGUUAGCAAAUGAUGCUCUGGAUUGUCAAGAGGUCAUACAGCUCAUCAAGUCUGCAGGUUUGAUUAAAACUGUCUCUCAUUUUUCAAAGUGCUAUGAAAUGCUUGUUAAGGAAUUUAUUGUGAACUUGUCUCAAGAUUGUAAUGAUGGAAGAACUGAUGAUUUUCAUAAGGCUUAUGUUCGGAGAAAGUGUAUAGAUUUUUCCCCUGCUGUUAUUAACCUAUAUCUAGGUAGAAAUGCUGAAGCUUAUCCUGAGCUUGAAGUUACUGACAAUGAAGUUUGCAAGGUGAUCACUGGUGGUAAGGUCAAGAAAUGGCCUGUAAAAAGUAAAUUGUCUGCUAGUCUUUUACAUGGCAAGUAUGCUUUGCUGCACAAAAUUGGUGCUGCAAACUGGAUGCCUACCAAUCACACUUCUACCAUUGUUGUUGGUCUAGGAAAAUUCAUCUAUGUUGUGGGAACCAAGACAAAAUUUGACUAUGGGACCUACAUAUUUGAUCAAACUAUGAAACAUGCUGGUACCUCUGCCACCAAGCUCCCCAUUGCCUUCCCAUCACUGAUAUGUGGUAUAAUCCUCAAGCAACACCCUGGAAUUCUCAAAAGUAAAGAUUCUAUAUGCAAGAGGGAAAGUGCUCUGUCUUUUCACUACAAGCUGCUUCAGAGGUCUGAUGACAAGACAUUUGCUGGGACAUCCCAACCCAGCAAGUCUGUGAACAAAGCCCUUCUCAUUGCUGAACUGAAAGAAACGUGUCAGGAGUUGGCCAACAGGAAGCAAAAGCUUGAGAAACUCAUCCAUAGCCUUGAGCAGUCUCCUGAUGAUAAUUUUGCUGGUGAAAAGGAUGAUGAUAAAAUGGAUGAAGACAAAGAGGCUGAGGAAGAGGCUGAGGAUGUUGAGGACUCUGAGGAAAAUGGAAGUAAGGAAGCUGAUGAUGAGACUAGCAGCUCCAGUGAUGACAAUGUUGAUGGCUCCAGCAGUGAAGCCAGUGAUGGGUGUGAUGAUUAA